UCCAGAUGGAGACGUCAAAACAGAUUUCUUGAAACUUUUUAUCCAUUCAAAAUUGUCGCAGGUGUUGUUUAUAACUGUUGCAUUUGUUUUUAUUAUGCCCAAUUUACUCCUAUUUGUAGAAUAAAACCAAUUAGCAAACACCAUUCAGGUUAGUAUAAAAUAAAAAUGUACUACGAAAUAGAUCACACAACAUUGGGUUAACAGUAGAUAACAAUUUACCAUCUCAGGAGCUUUUAUAAGAGUAUUGAGCUGCGGGAUGACUGAUGCUUAUUGCACAGGGUCGGCUGGACAUGGAGGGUGCCCUGACCGCCAGGGACCGAGUAGGAAUCCAGGACUUUGUCCUUCUGGAUGAAACCACAGAAGUGGCUGUUAUCAGCAAUCUGAAGAAACGUUUCAGCAAGGAUCUAAUCUAUACUUACAUUGGCACACUGAUUGUGUCUGUGAAUCCGUACAAGGACCUGGACAUCUACAGUAAGAAACAGAUGGAUGUCUACAUGGGUGUCAACUUUUUUGAGCUUCCACCACAUAUCUAUGCCUUGGCUGAUAAUGCCUACCACACCAUGCUGACAGAGUUCAACAAUCACUUCAUCCUCAUCUCCGGUGAAAGUGGAGCAGGAAAAACUGAGGCCUCAAAGAAGAUCCUGCAGUAUUAUGCCGUCAGCUGCCCGAGCACCACUUUAAUGAACACUGUCAGAGACAAGAUGCUCAUGUCCAACCCUGUCUUAGAGGCUUUUGGGAAUGCAAAAACUCUGAAAAAUGACAACUCAAGUCGGUUUGGGAAAUACAUGGAUAUUCAGUUUGACAGUCAGGGAGAUGCUGUUGGAGGCCACAUCCUGAACUACCUGCUGGAGAAAUCGAGGGUUGUGCACCAGAAUCACGGAGAAAGGAACUUCCACGUUUUCUACCAGCUGGUGGAAGGAGGAUCCGAUGACCUGCUGACGCAGCUGGGCCUUGAGAGAGACGUCCAGCAUUACUACUACCUAACGCAGGGGGAAUGUGCCAUUGUGUCGUCUAUUAAUGACAAAAAUGACUGGAAAUCUGUCAAAAAUGCCCUGCAAGUCAUUGAAUUUGAUGAAACUAACACCAGUCAUCUGUUUAGGGUGGUUGCGAGCGUUCUCCAUUUGGGAAACGUUCACUUUGAUCCGGACAGUAAAGGUCACGCCCUCCUGAAGAACAACACUGAGCUGAACUGGGUUUCAGAUCUCCUGGGGGUGGAUGCCAACAGCCUUAAGGAAGGACUUACAUUCAGAAAGAUUGAAGCCAAAACAGAGCAGGUCCUCAGUCCGUUCACAAUAGACCACGCCAUCUAUGUCAGAGACGCCCUGGCCAAAGCCAUCUACGGACAGACUUUUACCUGGUUGGUCAACAGGAUUAAUGAGUCCAUGGAGAACAAGGACUCUUCACGGAAGACUGUCAUCGGGCUUCUGGACAUAUAUGGAUUUGAGGUGUUCUAUGUUAACAGUUUUGAACAGUUCUGUAUAAACUACUGCAACGAGAAGCUGCAGCAGCUUUUUAUCCAGCUGACGCUCAAAGCUGAGCAGGAAGAAUACGAAGCUGAGGGAAUUGAGUGGGAGCCGGUUCAGUUCUUCAACAAUAAGAUCAUCUGUGACCUGGUUGAGGAGAAACACAGAGGAAUCAUAUCGAUACUGGAUGAAGAGUGUCUGAGGCCAGGAGAUGCCACCGAUCUCACCUUUCUGGAGAGAUUAGAAGAAAAGAUGGGCAAUCACCCGCACUUUGUGACACACAGACUGGCCGACAAAAUGACACGGAAGACUCUGGAGAGGGGAGAUUUCAGACUCCUGCAUUACGCCGGGGAGGUCACCUACUGCGUUGUGGGUUUUCUUGACAAAAAUAAUGACCUGUUAUACAGAAACAUAAAAAAUCUGGUGUGUCAGUCAAAAAAUACGAUUGUCAGGGAGUGCUUCUCUGCUGUGGACACAACUAACAAGAGGAGACCAGAGACAGUAGUGACCCAGUUUAAGAACAGCCUGCAGAAGCUCACAGAGAUGCUCAUGGCUAAAGAGGCCUGGUACAUACGCUGUCUAAAGUCCAAUGAGUCCAAGCAGCCAGGUAUGUCAGCUCAGAAAAGGUCAAUGCAAUCAACACGGUCGUUUUAUGAUCGCUGUCAUCCAAUCACAGGACAGUUUGAUGAAGCACUGAUCAGACACCAGGUGAAGUACCUGGGCCUGAUGGAGCAUCUCAGAGUCAGAAGAGCUGGUUUCGCUUACCGUCGGAAGUAUGAGGACUUCUUAAAGAGAUACAAACCCCUGUGCCCGGCCACCUGGCCUCACUGGAGAGGAAUGCCUGCUGAUGGGGUUGAAGUGCUGGUUCAACACCUGGGCUACCUGCCUGAUGAGUACAAAAUGGGAAGAACCAAGAUCUUCAUCCGUCAUCCUAGGACCCUUUAUGCCACAGAGGAUGCUUAUGAGAAAUGCAAACAUGACUUGGCAUCAAAACUUCAGGCCAAGUAUAAAGGAUACAAAGUGAAGGGAGAGUUCAAGAAACAGAAAGAGGCUGCAACAAAGAUUGAGACGUGUUGGAGAGGAGCACAGGCCAGGAAGGAGAGAGAGAAAAGAGCAUGGGCUGUAAAAGUCAUCAAGAAGUUCAUCAAAGCCUACAUAAACAGAGGGGAAGCAAAAAGCACAGAUAACUCAGAGUACCUGGUCUUUGUGAGACAAAGCUACUUGAACAGGCUGAAAAACAAUCUUCCAAAGACAGUUUUGGAUAAGACAACCUGGCUAACUCCCCCAGCUGUGCUCACUGAGGCAUCAGAGAUACUGCGGAAGCUUCACUACCGUCUGAUGGUGCGGAAAUAUGUGCGAGGAAUCCCGCCACAGAAAAAAGCACAACUUCAAAUGAAAGUUGUCACCAGCGCGAUCUUCAAAGGCAAAAAGGAAAGUUAUCCACCAAGCAUCCCUCAACCUUUCUUGGACACAAGAAUCAGCGAACAAGAGAUAAACAUCCGGGUUCUUAGCAUGAUUCGCAAUGAGCAGAUUAAGUACAGUGUCCCCGUCAUUAAGUAUGACAGAAACGGCUUCAAACCAAGGCCAAGGCAGCUCAUCCUGACCAAGACUGCUGCCCAUCUGGUGGAGGAAGCCAAGAUCAAACAGCGAGUGUCGUACAAUUCUCUCAAAGGGAUAUCUGUAAGCAACUUAAGCGAUGGCAUCAUUGUAAUUCAUAUAACUUGUGAAAACCCCAAACAAAAGGGAGAUCUGAUCAUACAGUGUGAUCACCUGUAUGAGUUUUUAACAAAACUCAGCAUCAUUGCCAACAAACAGGAUGCAAUCAACGUGGUUCAGGGCAGCAUUAAGAUUGAAAUCCAGUCUGGCAAAGAGAGCGCAGUGGACUUUACCGCAGGGCAGGAGGCCAUGGUGUACAAAGCCAAGAAUGGACACCUGAUGGUGGUUGCAACACGAACAAGGACACGGUAACAUGUGAGGACACACAAGAAGCCCCUGCAUAUUUAAUCAGGAGACCCCUUAGGAAAGGAUUAUGUCCACAGGAUACACACCCGACCUGAAACAGCUGCAUCCCUCAUCGGACAGAAACACACUUUUCAUCCGUUUUAGGUCAACUUAAUUUCCAGUACAAUAUUUGCCUACAAUAAAACUACAGUUUGAUAUUUUAUCUAGUAAAGUUUAAAUCUGAGAUGUUAAUUCAAAAGGUUCACUUUAAGUUGAAAAAUCAAAGAUGUUGUGCAAAAAAAUAUCUGACUUGAGGAAACCAUAUUAUUUUCAAACUUGGUAAAAAAAUACCCCACGUAAUUCUUUAAACAACAAAGCCAUAUGUAUUAUAUAAUUUUGUAUUUUCACUGACGAGGAACAUGUGGAAAUUAAACACAUACCAAAAUCAA